CUCCAUGGUUUUCUCUCUCUUGGCUUCCCUUCUCAUCGUCCACGAUCUUAUAUGCUGCCUCAUGUAUUACCUCUACAACUGUCUCUACCAAAUCCCAGGAAAGAGACAAUUUCCAGCGACGUCAGACGCACUUGAGUUAGCCUCUGUGCCUGGCAGUACCAAAAAUAAGGGCAACAUGGUAAAGGUAAUUAGGGGACCUGGGAUGGGGGCAUCCCAUUCAUCACUCAUCAUCCAUCCUGGUAGAAAUUGUUAGUGCAUCCAAAUGUUCCCGUCUCUCCGCUGGACGAAAGGC